AUGGUUUUUCGUGGCGACCGGUUCAUUCUCAACCUCGACUCCGAGGAUGAACAAGAAGAACUCCCACCCGCCUCCUCGGAGGGGUCCACCACCCUCGCCAUUCCCGGGAUGAUCGGUGAGAUUCGUGAACGCUCCCCCGCCGCAAACCCCGCGCCGCCAACCCUCAAACCCACCACCACCGGCUUUCCCGCUCAUCGUCGACGCAAUAAGCAAUCUGCCUUCAAACAGCGCCGAGCUCAGGACUCAUCGUCGGUCACCGCAUCGUCCGCAGCCUCUUCGAACUUCCCCACCGAGAAGGACGAGAAGCAGGCCAUCGCGGAACAGAACGACCGACAAUUGGCCUCGAUGUCGCAGGCCCAAAUCCAACACGAACGUGAAGAGCUUCUCGAGUCUUUAGAUCCAUCUCUACUUGAGCGAUUCCUCCGUCGAGCCCGUAUCGAUGACGCUGAUUCUACCCCUCCAUCCACGCAACCACCGCAACCAUCAUCCAAGGAGCAACAGCCUGAAAAACCAACCGAAGAUCAUGCACAUGAUCCAGCCACUAUCACCACACCACCACCACCAGCAUUGAAACAGGAUGUACAGCCCUCUAAUCAGCAUCAACAACCAUCACCCUCAUCAUCCUCGCCGUCGCCACCACCACCACCACCAGAAAACAACUCCGCAAUCGACGAUCUCCCACCCGCUCAACUCCCCUCCGACCUCCAUCCUGCCGCGGCCGCUUCUCUCCCCCUCUCCGGAUCCGUGCACUUCCCCACCGCCCCCUCCGCGUCGUCCAUGCCGAAUCUCGAUCCCACGUCCCCGAAUUUCCUCUCCGAUCUCCAAACGCACUACUUCCCCAACAUCGCCCACGACCCUUCCAGUCUCAGCUGGCUGCAACCUCCCUCCGCCUCCGACGAAGACCCCGAGUCGAGCUCCCCUUACCACCCCGCCAGCACCGCCCAGGCCAUCCAUCCAGCUCAUCUGCGCUUCUCCUUACUGGGCACCAUCCUUCCGCCGUCGACCUCAUUGUCACUUCCCACAAGUCUAGGAUUGCAUCACCACGGCAAAGACCCCCACGCAGCGGGGUACACGAUCCCCGAACUGGCGAUCUUGAGUCGCUCGACAUUCGCCGCACAGCGGUGCAUCGCGUGGCAGGUCCUGGGCCGCAUCUUGUUUCGACUGGGGAAGGGUCAAUUCGGAGAGAGAGGAACUCCGCUGGUUGAGGGAUUGUGGGCCACAGUCGAGAAGGAGGGAGUGAAGGAGGAGGGAGAAGAAGAAGAAGACGCGUCCACAUCCGCCAAAGAUGCAGGGAGACGGCGACACCACGCCAGCGCGACCGCGUGGGCUGUGGAAGGAGUCUGGCUGUGGCAGAUGGGCGGCGGAGGGGAUCGUGGGAUUCUCAAAGAAGGCGCUGUUCGCUCUCAGUGA